CUGGGCGGGAGCGGGAGCUCGGGCGGGAGCGGUUCGUGCGGCGCGUAGCCCGAGCGGCGGGCCCUGGGGUCUCCUCGGGGGCGGUGUCACUGGACUCCGUGCGCCUCAGCGGGCGAGCCCCGGGCAGCGCGGGACUAACCCCAGCCAGGCCCCGGCCGCGCGGCGGCGUCAGGGUCAUUUGCAUAGCGCCUUUCCGGGUUCCGCAGUCGGAGUGCUCUGAGGACCAAUCGUGUGCAUCUAUGCAAAUCAGCGGGGUUGGGGCUCGCGCUAGGGGCUGGGAGUUGGCUGUCACAGGUUCGCUCUCCGCGGGUCCUGCAGCGGGGCCCCGUCAUGCGCGUCCUCCUGUGCACAGGCCGCCCGCAGACCACCCCCGCCACGUGCGGGCCACGACGCCCCCCGCAGGACCCGCCCGUCGGCCCCGGGACGCCCGAGCGGCUCCUUCCCGAGGUCUAUGCCCGCCCGGGAGCCCCCCCACACCCACGGCUCCCGGGGGGACCUGCAGUUCCGCCCGCCUGGCCCAGGGCCUCCGCAGCCAGGAGCUCCCAGGGCAAGGCCCAGGAAGAUUGUAUUUGAGGAUGAACUGCCCUCCCGGGCCCUCCCCUGCACCCAGAAGCCUGUUGAAUCCAUCCCUGGGGAGCAUGUGCCUAGGCCCCACCCAGUGCCCGACUAUGAGCUCAGUAAGUACCCACCAGUGAGCAGUGAGAGGGAGCGGAGUUGCUACGCUGCUGUGUUCCGGGACCAGUAUUCGGAGUUCUUGGAGCUCCAGCAGGAGUUGCGCUCUGCACAGGCUAAGCUCCAGCAGCUGGAAGCCCUGCUGACCUCACUGCCCCCACCCCAAAGCCAGAAGGAGGCUCAAGUAGCCGCCAGGGUCUGGAGAGAAUUUGAGAAGAAGCGGACGGACCCUGGCUUUCUGGACAAGCAGGCUCGCUGCUGUUACCUGAAGGGCAAACUAAGGCACCUCAAAGCGCAGAUCCAGAAAUUCGACAGCCGAGGAGACAGCGAGGGCUCUGUGUACUUCUGAGCAUCCUGACAGCCCACCUUGCGCUCACUUCUCUCUCCCUCCCAGCCUUAGUUCCUGCUCUUCCCCCUCCUAGGGUAGCCUUCCCUGGUUGCACAUGCCUCAGCCUUUGAGGCUUUGGUCCUGAUGACCCCCUCCUCCAGGAAUUCUUCCCAGGACCUCCUCCGGGACCCCCAACCCUGAUCCCAUGGGGACCCUAGAUCUCAACUCAUCCUCUGGAAGCAGGUCCUGUUCCCAAUCCCAAUGGAAUAAACAUUUCUUAAAUAUAUACUAUGCUUAA